GUCAGACUGGCGGCCACCUUUGCAGAAUCUGUGGAUACUGGAUUGCACCAUGACAGGUUCUCCAAUAGGGUUUUGGAUUCCGCAUCCUAGCGUGUGAAUUCCGGAUUCCAUGUGGGUUUUUUUCCCGUGGAUGCCGGAUUCCAUUUUUGUUUCCAGGAUUCUUGUAUUCCGGAUUCCACCGUAAGUCUUGGAUUCCGAAUCCUACUGUGUGGAUUCCGGAUUCUAGUAGCAUGGAUUCCGGAUUUUCAAGUCUUAUUUUUUUCAUGGAUUCCGGAUUACCUGUCAUGGGGCGAACUGGAGGAGCAGAAUAAAGGUAUCUAUUUGUGACUUUGAGUUGUAAUUAAUCUUUUUUUCCUCAGGUAGUAUUGUGUGCGUUUAGUUGAGAUAGGAAAUUCUGCUGUUUUUCUCGAUGAAUUUUUUCUUAUAUCUGGAGCACUUAUUUGGCAGUACAGUAAAUUCCGUCAAAUUGGCUAGAUCAUAUUUUCAAGACCAUUCAUCCGUUCUAAGACUGAUGUUUGAUUAACUUGAUGUCGUUGUGUUAGUUUUAAAUUGGGUCAUUUUUUUUUUUUUUUUUUUUUUUUGCUUGUGGGCAAUUCCCACGGCCGGUACAGGCCGGUUGAAGGGUUAAUGGGUUAAUUAAACGCCCAAAAACAGCUUUCUGAACCAGGAUCAGGGAAGUCAAUAUAUUGUUUGUCUAUAUGGUUGCAACGAUUUUGGCGCUAGCGUGGCUAUUUGUUAGAAUGUUUUUAUUCCAGAACACACCACUACACAAGCACUUAUAUACAAAAGAACAUUUUUUAAUGAAGAUUUAGUCCGCCUUAUCUAAUAAAGUUGUGUUAAAAUUAUUGCGGAUAAUGCAAAUAUUUUUCUUCCCGAAAAUAUUAAAGGUUGGCUGUUCAGUAAAUAUGCGUGAAUUGUAUGUUGUUUGUUUUCAGUUCAAUUAAUCCAAAAUCAUUUAAUCUAAAGUUUGAGGGAAAAUUAUUUGAGCAAAUAAGCCACAGUGGUCACAAUCAUAAAGUAUGUAUGAUUUUAUUUUGAUUAAAUGUUUGUGGAGAAGACACCAACACCAUGCUCUUCAUCCGCCAUCAAGAACAGCUGAAAACUACGAAGUCCAUUAAAAUUUAACUAUUGGUAGAAAACAGUCUUGAAGUUGUCAAUUAGCACCACAUUUUUUCUGAUCUCUACAAGAGUCAACAUGUCCGUGCGUAAACGUUUUUAUGUUUCGCUUACAUUCUUCGUCGGUUUCUGUGCAUCUAUUACCUAUGGGGUCAAAAUUCGUUCCAGGAGUGCAAGAGAUCUUGGCCUGAAUUUUGAAAACGAGAGGAAAAAUCUGAAAAAUGACUGGGGAAAUUACAGAGAAUCGUUUGAUUGGAAUAGGCGAGAUGGGAAAGAGAAUGGGGAUCGAGGACUUGGACUGGGUUCUAGGAUGAGCGAGUUUUUGGAGAGAGAUUUUGGUAGAGACGAGAAACAAGAGGGGAACACUUAUAGGGGUGCUGGUUUGGGCUUGAAGAAAGGGCUACGUAUUAGAAUACACGACCAGAAACGGCAAGAGAACAACGGAAUGGAUGUCGAAAUGACGCUGAAAGAGAAACAAAAGGAGCAGAAUGAAAUCAGAAAGAGGUUGAACAAUAUUCAUGCAAGCCACCAUAAUGAGAAUGACAAGAAGCAAGUUGACGAUAGUAUGCUGAGUGGAAACUUAAAGGAUUUUGAAGACCUGCGAAGGAAAGCCGCCGAGUUAGAUCGAAGUCAAGUGAAGGGGAAGGAUGAUGCCUUUGACGAAUUAAACGGUAAGAGGAAAAUGACAAGAUCUUUUUCACCGUUAAAAGAAUUCCUAAGACCUGCUGAUGAAAACGAUUCGAGGAAGGACAUUAAAUUGGGAGAAGAAAAUACUGAUAAGUAUGAAACAAAACCUGAAGACGAAAUAAAACGAGAUGGGGAAGAAGAUUCGCAUAAAUUGGAUUUUGAUCUUGAAGGCGUUGUUGGAAAGCUGAGAGAGUUGGCAAAUAAACAACAAAGUCGCACAGAUACAGACACGAAAAGAAUAUCUGAUGGCAGAAAUAUAAACUUUAAUAACCGCGGUUUAAAAAAAGAUACACAUAAUAUAAACAAAAAUUUCUUGAACGAGCUAAGAGAUAUUGUUGGCGGUAAAUUAUUGAUCAAGCAAAGAGACAACGAUCAAGGAGAGAGGUACUUGAGCGAUUUUGGGGUUGCGGUUGACUCUCGAAAAAUCAACCACGAUGCAACACGAGAUAAUAUAUUUUCCGGCAAGGACAUGUGGAAAAUAGAGAGAAAGAGAAACGAUAAAUUAAACGUCCGGUCCACGAAAGACAAGGAUGACGCCAGAGAAUUAUCCAGGUGGUCGAGAAAGAAAAAUGGAGAUGCGAUUCACAGCAAGAGAAACAGAAAUCAGAGGAGUUUUCUCGAUUUGAUUUCACGAGAUUUACUGACAUCAAGGGGAGACGCACAAGGAGAUCAUUUGGAUGACAGCCAAGCCAACAAAAGGGUGGAAAUCUGGAGAGAUGCUAUCAACGAUAUCAGUCGUUAUAACCCAGAUAAGAGAAAACACUCUAAAGCAAAUGGUGGUUCAAAUGGAGAGACAUCAAACGCUGACCAGUUGAGGGGACUUGAAGAGGGCUCGAAACAGGUGCGUACGAAAGCAAGGCAACAAGAUCACAGGAAGACCACUAAGCUCAACACGGACGGGAAGUCGUGGUGCCCGCAACUCAAUGCAAAAGGACACCCAAGCUUAAAAACACAUGGACUAGAGGAGAUCGAAAAAUGCUGUAUUGCGCAUGACCAAUGUCCGCUGAUCAAAAUCAUGGGAGUCACAGCACUAGACUGCCAAUGCGAGAAUGCCUUCUACGCAUGUCUCAAACAGAGCGGCGCCGCUAUCGCCAACACUGUGGGCUUACAGUACUUCAACGCAUCGCCUCGGAAUUGUUAUCAGUAUACACAAGUGUCUGUCUGUGAGCACAACGUGUGUCGAUCGGUUCACGAAAUACACCAAACCAAACUAACUCGCUUUUGAACAAAUGUGUCAAUCUAUAGUAGUCAGGUUCGAUAUAAGCACCAAUGCUCACAAGACAAAAGCGUCAACUCGUGAGUCUUUCAAUCCUUAAGGGCUGAUUUAGAAACGUGAUCUUAUCAUAUGCGAUCGGCUACGAAAGUCGUAGUGUGUAAGCCAGGGCUAACGCGUCGUAGGCAAGUUGCAUACGACUCAAUUGUAGUCUGAAUCAUUUACUUCAAUAUUAGGAGAGCCUCGACUUGAGGUUAUUGUUUGUUCACAUUGGCGCAGACAUCGAACCCGGCUGUACUCCAGGGUUGCCACACGCUCGCUUAUCAGGUUCUUUAACUAAUGCCUGGUGCACACUAGUGAUAUAACGACAUGGGCGCGCGCAAUCUUAUCUUCGUAUGUUCAAGUGUGAAUGGUUUGGAAUUUUGACAUAAGCCCGACAUAAUGACAUGGACAAACGACAUAAGAGAUCAAAACAAGUUUUUUUCUUUUAUGUAGUUAUGUCGGGCUAAGCAGAGUGCGUGCGCCCAUGUCGUUAUGUCAAUAUGUCACUUGUGUGCACCAGGCAUAAGCCUGCAGCACGACGUGUUCGCAACCCACGACGUCGGCUGGAAGAAGAGCGUUCAGGUUAUACCUGGUGCAUACUAGUGACAUAACAGCAUAAGCGUGCGCACUCUUUUAACCCCGCGACAUGACGACAUGGGCAUAAUGACAAAAAAGAAACAAAAACAUGUUUUUUUCUCUUAUGUCGUUAUGUCCAUGUCAUUAUGUCGGGCUCAUGUCUUUAUGUCGAACCAUUCACACUUGAACAUAGCAGUGCGCGUGCCUAUGUUG